CGUCCACAAAUCCUUAUGGUGUUGACGUUUCUUUCUAAAAAAAUUGCUCCUUUAAUAUCCUCAACCAUCAUGGAUAAUUCAUCCAAACUCCGUCAACAGUUAGACAGAACCAUAGCAUUCCUAACACCCCUACUUUCGCUUGCUAAUUGUCACAUGGUGGAAUUUUUUACACAUAAUCAUUGGGAGAAACUAAUGCCAACAGACCUGAGACUGUACUUAGAUAAUUGUGAUAUUGAUGAUGCUGUUCAGCAGUUUUGGAAAUGUGCAAAGAAAGAACAUAAUGGUUAUGAUGAAUUGACAAAAUGGACGCUUGCAUGUCAAUCUCACUAUAUAAAUAUAAACAAUGAAUACUGUAUAUCAACAAACGACCUGCAAGAGAAGAUUAAGUCAUGGGGCGGAGACGUCAGACAUAAAGUGCGGAUAAAAGAAUUCAUGACAAGCAAGAAAAGCUAUGAAGUAGAAACGAUGUCACACCUGGUCGCGUCACUGUCCAGCGUCACCGGUGCUACACAUUGCGUGGAGGCGGGCGGUGGGAAGGGACAUUUGCCCGUAGCUUUGACAUUAGCUUAUAAUUUACCUAGUUUGACUGUCGACUGUGAUCUACAAACUAUUAAUAAUGCACAGAAAAGAGUGAAAAUAAUACAGAAACAAUGGCACGCAAUAGCAAAGCGAAUACAAAAUGGCAGUGAAGAAUUCGUUGGUAAAAAUAUCAAUUCGAAUUUGCAUCGCUUUGCUGUAACGUUUAUAACGAAGGACACAGAUCUCACGGAAAUAGUGAGAGAAAACUUUCCAGAAAAUUCCGAUGAUGAUGUAAAACUACUUUUAACUGGUCUACACACGUGUGGUAACCUCGGUCCAGCAUCCCUACGAAUAUUUACAUCUCAUGAGACCAUCACCGGUGUCUUAAAUGUACCUUGCUGUUACCACUUGCUACACGAAACGCUAGAUGACCAAUUGUUUGACGUCUUCCAACGAGAUCAAAGAGAUAUCUUGGAUUAUGGGUUUCCUAUGGCUGAGCAUUUAAGAGGAUUGAAUUUAGGUCGCAACGCUCGAAUGCUUGCAUCUCAGUCGAUCGACCGCGUCGCUUACAACCAAAACCUACCCGACAAGAGUUUGCUGUAUCGAGCUUCGUUACAGGUAAUAAUCAAAAGUUAUCAACCAGACUUACCUGUAUCCGAAGGUAAGUUAAAAGGAAUCGGAUCGAAAUGUAAAGAUUUCGACGAAUAUUUCAAGAUGGCGGACAGCCGGCUUAAACUUGGACUUUAUGGUAACUUACCUGAGAAUCACCUAAAAGAUUUAGGUAACACGGAUGAAAAAUGGAAGAAAAUUGUUCUGUUCUACCUUACGAGAUUGUGUCUAGCGCAAGUUAUCGAGAGUGUCAUACUGAUGGACAGAUUAUUGUAUUUGUAUGAAAAUGGUUUCGAUAAUGUUUAUUUAGUUAAACUGUUCGACCCCGUGCUGUCGCCUAGAUGUCAUGCUAUUGUAGCUGUGAGAUGAUUUUUUUAUAAUAAAUUUUAUUUUUA